CUUUAAGUAAAAAAAAAAAAAGAAGAAGCAAAGUUGGUAUUCUUAUCUUCCCCUUUACUCCAACUUAUCAUCUUCUCCACUGCAAGUCAAGAAGUUUCCUUCCCUUGGUUUUCGUAGGAUUCUUUACUUAUAUAUCUCCGUUAAUUAUCAACUUGUAUCUUCCCAUAGGGUAAGUUUUCUAUAAAUUCAGUUCUUCGUUUUCUUCAUCUCUGGUAAACAUUGAUUGCUCCUCAAAUCUUCUUGCUCUCUAGAUAAUUAUUUUUAGGAAAACUUAUAAAUCAAGGGUCAAAGUGCAAUGUCUAAUAAUGGGGAGCUGACUUACACUCCUCGGACCAUGGUCUUAGUUGGACGGACAGGCAACGGAAAAAGUGCAACAGGGAACAGUAUCCUUGGACGGAGAGCUUUCAUCUCGAGAGCUAGCUCCUCAGAGGUUACAACUAAAUGUCAACUUGAAAGAACCGUGUUAAAAGAUGGUCAAAUUAUUAAUGUCAUUGACACUCCUGGUCUGUUUGAUUUUUCUUCUGGAUCGGAAUUGAUGAAGGAAUGUCUUAAAUUGGCUAGGGAUGGUAUUCAUGCAGUCCUUGUGGUUUUCUCUGUUAGGACCUGCUUCUCACAAGAAGAAGAGGCUGCUCUUCGUAACUUGCAAAACUUCUUUGGAAGCAAAAUUAUGGACUAUAUGAUUGUAGUUUUUACUGGUGGUGAUGAGCUUGAAGAAAAUGAUGAAACCUUGGAAGAUUAUUUGGGGCGAAACUGUCCACAACCUUUAAAGGAAAUGCUAACCUCGUAUCAAAAUCGAUAUGUGCUUUUUAAUAACAAGACAAAGGAUCAAACCCAGAGAGCCAACCAACUUCAACAGCUUCUUUCUCUCGUUAACACUGUUAUGUUGCAGAAUAAUGGACGGCCGUAUACAGGAGACACAUCUCACGAGUUGCAGGUUGAGUCAACUCUCAAAGAGUCUACUUCUAGACUCGAACAAAAGUUGGCAGUGGAGCAAGCUGCGCGGCUGGAGGCAGAAAAGAAUGUACAAAGGAUAUCAAAUGAUUUAAUUCCUAAGCUGGUAGCGCAACUAGAAGAAGCUAAGAAGGAGACCGAUAAGAUGCACAAGCAAUUAGCUGAGGUUGAGUCAAAGCUCAAAGAGGCUACUGCUAGACUUGAACAAAAGUUAGCAGAGGAGAAAGCUGCACGACUACAGGCCGAAAAGAAUGCACAAUUGAUAUCAAAUGAUUUAAUUUCUAAACUGGCAGCGCAACUAGAAGAAGCAAGCGUGGAGAUUGAUACGCUGCGCAGGCAAUUAGCUGAGCUGCACAAUAGGCUUCUGAUCUGUACAAUUCUCUGACAUUAUUACCGGUAUUGCAAUAGGUUCUAGUGCAUGAAGUUUAUCCUAGUAUAGUUCUGCUUAUAUAAUCCCCUUUCCUCCCUCCUAAGCUAAAUAAAAUGUUGGGUUAUUAUGAUUCAGACUCUUGUGUAAAUGCUUAUGGUGCUAAUAUGUAUUGCAACUUAUAUAUAUAUAUAUAUGGAUAUAUAUUUUUCUCUAUUUUGUGUUUCUGUCUUUCAAUUAAAAGACCUGAAUUAGU